CCCUUUUCUACCCGCGUCGUCGUUCAGAUCUGCUCCGCGCUGUUCCGGUUCGUCCUUCCAGACGUUUUCCGCCGGCGUAGCAGCUGCUAGCUGUCGGGUUCAUCCUCCUCCACCGCCAUUCCGUGGGGUUUUUGCCAGAAACUUGAAUCUGGGGUGGCCAGAGGAAAGUCGAGUAUGAUUGCUGCAUAGAGGUUGUUAUUUUGAAGAAGUGUUUGAGGAUCCUGCAUACAAGAGAUUUGGCCUAUUAUCAUCAACAUGCUGACAUGAUAAUUCAAGUGGCACACAGCUGCAAGAUUUCACCACAGUUACAAUGAGAGAUGGAAUGUAAAACAAGGUUUUUCAAAAAGUGUUUGCAGUCAUUGUUGCUGUCCACAAACAAUCUGAUAAUCGAGCUGUUGAUUGCAAAUAGCUUUUGGCCUUCAAACUCGCAUCCAGUAGCUGUUCACAAAUAGUUUGAUCAUCGAGCUCUUGUCAAACCGUCGAAGUCAUAGUCCUUGUUUGUCGUUGUCCUUCAAACUCAAUGCUAUUGCCACCAAACAUUUUCCAUUGCAAAGGUUGUCAGUCAUUAUGGGUUUCUGUGUUGAUUUUCAAAUAAGGAAUUUGUGCGUGCAUGGGACGGAGGAGAAAAAGACAGAAGAUUAUAGUCCUUUCACUCUUCGAAAGUCCCAUUAGCCUUUUUUUCCCCCCAACCCAAAUGUCUAUAUUUGGCUUGUCUUGGGCAAAUUUCACGUCAAAAAGUCUCUAAUGCGACUGACCAUGCAAAUUCAUCUCAGCCUCAAGAGUCGACUUAUUCCUCUAAAUCUCUUUGGGCUUAGCCCGUUUCACUGUUCUUUCACCCAGAUUGCAAAGAAACUUGAAUAUGGUGACGCACCUGAUCCUCCUUAUGUUGAUUUACCCAAACCCCGUGAAAGAAAGUCCAAUAGAAAACCCUAUCCCACUCCUAUGAAGGUUUUGAUUCAGAAAGCAAAAGAGGAGAGAGUAGCUAGAAAGGCCCAACCUUGUAGGAUGCUCGAACACCCGCCUGAUAAUGGAUUGUUGGUGCCUGAUCUUGUCCAUGUAGCUCAGAAUGUCUACCUAGCUUGGAAACUGCUCCGCUUUGGCAUAUCGAGGCUUGUGGAGGCCAUUCCCAUUCAACGAUGCAGGUGCAUGUUGUUCUGCUUUGAGGUUCAUAUUGGACAUGUAGGUCAUGAAAUUCGAACCUGCACUGGUGCAAAGAGUGGAUUUCGAAGUGCUAUGCACGCUUGGAGGAAGGGGGGAGUUCAAGACGUGAUCUUUUUCCCCAAAUGUUACCAUCUUUAUGAUUGUGUAGCGAAACCAAGAGUUGGACACGACGAGAGGUAUAACAUACCACGGAUACCUGCUAUAUUGGAGCUAUGCAUCCAAGCUGGUGUUGAUAUUGAAAAAUACCCUUCUAAAAGACGGACAAAACCUGUAUACAGUAUUGAAGGGAGAAUUGUAGAUUUUGAGUCGGUGAAGGAAACAAAUGAGGUGGAGACCGGGGUUUUUAUCAAGACUGGUGAUAAUUUUGUAAAAUCUUAUUUUGGGAUAGAACUUGAAGGAACCAACACAUCUUCAUUCUUAUGGAAAAUUAGUAAUACUUUGGGUCAGCAGUAUGAAGUAGACACUGAGUUAAGACAAUUGAGCAUCCUAACACUGGACUCGUGGCUUAAAAUGGUAUGCGGAGCAAAGAAAAUAAUGGAAAAGUACAUGGUACAGACAUGUGGAUACUGUCCCGAGGUCCAGGUUAGUCCUAGGGGGCAUAAGGUGAGAAUGUGUCGAGCUUCGAAGCAUCAGUCUCGUAAUGGGUUGCAUGCAUGGCAGGAAGCAACAAUAGACGAUCUUGUGGGUCCAAAUUAUGUAUGGCAUAUGAAAGAUUUGAAAGGGCCUCCUUUGGAUAACAAGUUGAAGAGAUUUUACGGCAAAGUUCCGGCUGUGGUUGAACUUUGCGUGCAAGCAGGGGCACCUAUUCCAGAUCAGUAUAGGAGCAUGAUGAGGCUAGAUGUCGUUUCCCCGGACAGUGAUGAAGUGGAUCUCGUUGCUUGACAUGACUCUUAAAAUCUUAUCUUAAAUGUUAAAAUGGGGACUUCGUGAAGUGCCCACCUCACGUUGAAAGAGGUGUUACGUUCAACAAUAUACGGACUUGGAGAUCAGAUUUGACCGUGCAAGCUCCACAACUUGUUAUGGAUAUGGGAUGGUUUUAGUGUCACUCCACUUCUAGACGGCCUGGCAUAGCAAAUGAGAAAGAAUAAAUAUGAAAAACAAAAACUAUUUGAAAAAGGUCUCUGAUUCAGAAAGCAGGGGCACCAUUCUGAAAGUCUAAGGAUGGAGAAGUAUCUAUUCUUAUGGUGGUAUAUGGGACGACACAGAAGAAUGCUAUAUUGGAUGCUGUUUGAAGGGUUUGCUAGUUUCAAGCACAUUAACGUAUAAUGAGCUGAUAAAUCUUGUAUAUGAUAACAUGUCAGUUAAUUCGACAGAGUUCAAGAUUAUAAUGAGGGUGACAUAUAAGAUAGAUAUUGAUUCUCCUCCAAUAUGCUCAUGGACGAUACUGAUGUUAAAUUUCUCCUCUCAAAGUACGAUCGUACUAGACCACAAGUAUUUGUAAGUCUUGAGGAAAUCGAAGAAACUCAUCAUGAUGCAACAUUUUAUUAUCCAGAGAGAUCAGACCAACCUAUGUGUGGAGGUGAUGUCAAUGAGCAUGAUGUUUGUCUAUCAGGUGUUUCAUUGGAAAACGACAACAUCGAUAUUAAUAUAGUGAAUGUAUUGCAUCUGAAUGUGGCGAUAGAAAAUGUUAGGAUAUGUGUAAAUAAGAAUGUGAUGAUAGAAGAGGAAGAGGUUAGGAACGAAAAAAAGACAACCCCGGUUGUUUUAGGGAGUAAUCCUUUUGUUGUGAAUGAAGAACAACCAACCCAGGUUUUUUUUAGGGAA